CGCAGUGUGUAGAUAUUUGGCGGGAGCUGGGAGGAACCAGGAAUCAUGUGACCUGCGAGGUGGACUCAAGAUGGCGGCGCCCGCGAUUCCUGGGAGAAGGGCAAAAGCGAGCUAACAGGCAGAUUCCCUCGGUUCCGGGGGGCUCGGCAGGAAAUUUACAUCCCAGCAGUUGAAAAAUGUGGAAGAUGAAGAGAAACAGUGGCAGAAAGAAGAAAAGAAAUAACCCUCUGGCUUCAAGAACCUAAUUUGAGCAGUCAGUGUGUUGGAACUAUCAUGGAACAUUCUAAAUCUAUUCCUUGUGGAUGGGAAAGGAUUGUGAAACAAAGAUUAUCUGGAAAAACCGCCGGAAAAUAUGAUGUGUAUUUUAUCAGCCCAGAGGGAGUGAAGCUCAGAUCCAAAAGUUCACUUGCAUGUUACCUUCACAAAAGUGAAGAGACUUCUCUUAAGCCAGAAGAUUUUGACUUCCGGGCUCCUCCCAAGAGCAACACUCCAUCAGGAUCCCCACAUCACAUAGUGGAAACACAGUUCCAGGUGGAGCAGAACUGCCUGAGCCCAAAGCAGAAGCUUAGGAGGCCUCACAGAAAAGAGGAAGAUGUACUUCCACCCCCAUGCAGGGUUUCACAGGUACAGGACCAGAGUAAUCAACUGUCUCACUUUACUUUCAACCACCAGCUCCAGAAGGAUGCUAAUGUCAUUGACUCUCAAAAUUUUGAAAAGGCUACAACUACAAGAGGAAGUCACAUUAAAGAAACUAAGAAAGAGUAUAGGAAAGGUCAUUCUGGUUGCAUUCAACAACAAAAAAAGGCAGCAUCUAGUAAAGAAGCAAUUUUCAUUGCACAAGACAUUCAGCUCCAGAGACCUGUGAGCAGUUCCGACAACAAAAUGAGUGACAAGAACAUAAAGGAGACAGAUGAAGAAAAAGAACCAACAGAUAAAGUAUUGGCUUCAAGCUCUUAUUCCCAAAUGUGUAUUGCACAAGUAGCUUCAUGCACAGAAAAUACAUUAUGUGCCAACAAAGUUUCAGAAUAUAAAGAGAAGGGUGGGCGUCCUUCUGUAGAAUCUGAAAGGACCUUUAUAGAAACUGGAGGAAAGAAGGAACAUUUGCAUGCUGACAUUUUGAAAUGUAAUUCUGAAAUAGACAGUUGCAGCUCCCAGGAUGAAAAAGACUUGACUUUUGUGACGAAGCUUCAAGAAAACAUCAUCCAGCGAACCCAAGUGGAGAAAAGGAAAACCAGCCAGUAUUUCUCUAACAAAUACAACAAAGAAGCCCUUAGUCCACCUCGAAGGAAACUGUUUAAAAAGUGGACUCCACCUCGGUCUCCUUUUAAUCUUGUCCAAGAAACACUCUUUCAUGACCCAUGGAAGCUCCUCAUCGCUACCAUAUUUCUCAAUAGGACCUCAGGCAAGAUGGCAAUACCUGUGCUCUGGGAGUUUCUGGAGAAGUAUCCUUCUGCUGAGGUGGCAAGAACUGCAGACUGGAAGGAAGUAUCUGAACUCCUCAAGCCUCUUGGCCUUUAUGAUCUUCGAGCCAAAACAAUUAUCAAAUUCUCAGUCUUUCCACUAGAUGAAUACCUCACGAAACAAUGGCGGUACCCAAUCGAACUGCACGGGAUUGGAAAAUACGGCAAUGACUCUUACAGGAUUUUUUGUGUUAAUGAAUGGAAACAGGUCCAUCCAGAAGACCAUAAGUUAAAUAAAUAUCAUGACUGGCUCUGGGAAAAUCAUGAAAAACUCAGCCUUAGUUAAAAAAAGUGAACAUUUUAAACUAGAUUUCUAACUGCCCCAUGCAUGCCUCCCUUUUUGAGGAACAUGUGGUCAUCCCAACCACUCAUCACACUCUACCUGCACAGGUUUAAAUCACAACAAACACGAAUGGGGACAGUUACAUACAUUUUAUUAAGUACUAGCUGUGCUCUCCAUUGUUUUUGUAACCAGAUGUGUCAGAAGAAUUCUCGGAUACUUUCUUAAAUAAACUGAUCAAAUUUGACUUCUUUUUAUAA